AUGUCUCCACGGGACUCCAGCUCCUCGAGUGGAACACCGCAGUUCACAUUUGUGACGGGGAAUGCCCAAUCGGAGGCUCGGAGCCAUGCUAUGAAGGAGCACUGGAAGCGGCGACAUCAGCAAAAUCAGAAGGUGAAGACACAUCACCAAAAGAGGUUAUCGCGAACUUUGCCUCUCCUCCCAAAGAGCGGCAUUAAUGAAGCUGUUUUACCACCAGAAGAUGCGACUAGCUUUUCAGGGUUGCAACAGAACUGGAAUAUGAACGUGUUGUGUGGUGUGAGUUAUGCGCUAUCGAGCUCGAAGCCUGACCCGUUCCAAACGUGUCCUGUUCACCUGACGAGCCAACAUCAGAAGCUUUUGCAUCACUGGAUUGGCACCCAUGCAGCUAUGAUGUUCGAAGAUCUGGAUGUUACCAAGUUUAAUCCGAUGAGGGAUGUUUGGUUCCCGCUGGAUCUUUCGAAUGCUUCGUCUUUCAAUUGCAUUAUGGCGCAUUCAGCUGCGCACCUAUCGCAUCUAUACGCUGGCACUCCCCCGCGACGGGGGUCAGCUUCUUCCGAUGCCCUGAAAUAUAAGAUCGAGGCUGUCAGGAUACUACGCCUCUGGCUUAGUGAUCCUGAGAAGGAGUUAAGUGACGACUCUUUUGCUGCUGUUGUUCGCCUGCUCACGUUUGAGCGAUACUGGGGCACAGAGGAAGAUUGGAAAAUCCACCGUAGAGGCCUACAAAGAAUGAUUGAAGCCAAAGGUGGAGUUGAGGCGCUCCACGGGAACUGGCGCUUGGAACUUGUGGUUUAUCUGUGGGUACAGUCUGCGGCAAUGUUUCGCUAA